UGGUCGGUGUAUUGACGCUUUCUGCUGCUGCUGUUGUUUUCGUCCCGGCUCCCCCGGUGUCUCUGUGAUGGUGAGAGGAAGAAACACCGGCUGCUGUGUUUUAAACGACAGGUGCGGAAUCUGCCGAACCCCCGCUGUUAACGACUAUCUCGCUAGCCUCCUAGGAGGCCAGUCCCGAUGCCAUGGCCUCCAGCCACAGCUCCUCCGCAGUGCCUCGUCCUGGCGGCGGAGGCCGAGAUGGGAUCUACCACAAGGAGCGGGAUCCCUCCCCACCACGGUUCAGAUCCAUUCGCUCCCUGCCUGACGUCUGCCCCAAGGAGCCUACAGGUGAGGGGCGGGGCCUGUGUGAUGGCCCAUCUGUGGUCGCAGAGCACGACAGGUGGACAGUGUACAGCUCAAAGGUCAACCUCCCCGCCGCGCUGAACGACCCGCGGCUCGCCAAACGGGAGUCGGACUUCUUCACCAAAACAUGGGGUCUGGACUUCGCAGAGACGGAGGUGAUGCCUUCCUUCUACCUCCCCAACAUCACCAGGGAACACUUCGGACCCUACCUGCAGGAGACGGCUCAGAGAGAGAGAAUUCACGAACGCUGCAAGACGAUCUGUCCCAACAAAGAGGACGUGGACGCCGUCUCCAGUAUCACCACCAACCACGAAAAAUCCAGAGCAGAGCUUGAACAAGUCCCAAAGAUCUUCAUGAAGCCUGAUUUCGCUCUGGAGGAUCCAGCUACCUUUAACACCGUGCUGCCGUGGUCGCACUUUAACAGCGCGGGGGGGAAGAGCAGCAGAGAUGUGGCGUCGUCCAAACUGCUGCAGGAGAAGGUUGAGAUUUCAAACGCUGGCUCAGAGGAGCUGAGUCACUACCUGGACGUGGUGGAGGUGAGCAUUGCCCGUCAGAUCUCUCUGCGUUCCGAGGCCUUCUUCCACGCCAUGUCCUCUCAGCAUGAGCUGCAGGACCGGCUGCAGGAGACGCAGCGGGCCGUGGCCGUCCUGCGGGGCCGCACGGCCGACAUAGACCGAGUCAUGUGCCAAGGGCCUUUGAAGGGGCUCCGCACGGCGCUGACGAGAAACAACUGCGUGAAGCUGCACAACAAGUUGAAGCUGAUGGCGGCGGUGCAUCAGACGCAGCCCACCGUGCAGCUGCUGCUCUCCACCUCCGAGUUCGUCGGAGCGCUGGAGCUCAUCUCCACCACCAAGGAGGUGCUGCAGCAGGAGCUGCAGGGCAUCCACAGCUUCAGACAUCUGGGCUCUCAGCUGUGUGAGCUGGAGAAGCUGAUCGAUAAAAUGAUGGUGGAGGACUUCAGCAUGUACGCUCGCAGCGACCUCAACCGCUGCCUGAGGGAUGAGCCGCAGGUUCUCGAGAAGGUUGACAAACCAAAUGCUGGCUCAGAAAAGGAGCGUCUGGAGUCUCUGGUGUUUGGGCUGCUGCGUCAGAGGAAGUUGGACUUUCUGGAGAUUUACAGCGAUGAGAUGAUUCUGGCUGCAAAGGCCAUCGUCACUCAGUGUGUAGCAGAAAGUGUUUUGCACAUAGAAGAAAUUGACACUGAAGUCGUCACUAAGCUAGCUGACCAGAUGCGUGUGAUGACGUUCCCUCAGUGGUUCGAGCUGCUGAAGAACGUCUUUGAGAGUUUCCUCCUCUUCCUGCAGAGGAUCAAGGUCACUCUCACUGUCAUCAAAAACGUUGUUCUGGAGGUUCUGGCCUCGAACCAGAAAACUCGGCUCCUGGAGGAGGCAGCUGCAGGGUCUUCUGGUCCAGAGGAUUCCCCCUGCUCGUCGCUCCUGCAGGGGGAGGCAGAGCUGGCCUACCUCACCCACGAGGGUCUGUUCAUCAGCGACGCGCUGAACGAGGCCCAGCAGCAGCAGACAGCGGCGGUUCAGGAUCAGAGCUCCAGGACCAGCUCUGCUGCUAACCAUGACUCUGCAUCAGGGAGCUCAGAGGGAUCGGUCGGCAGAGAGCAGAGCUUCAUGUCCGGUGAGAACAUGAUGCCCUCUGAACUCGAGCUCAACCGAGUCAUCAACAACCUCCAGGAGCUGCUGUACACCGCCUCAGAUGUCAGCCAUGACCGCUGCGUCAAAGUCCUCACAGCCAGAGCCAAGGACGGCUCUCUGGAGCGUCUGAGCUCAGCGGAGUUCGUGUGUCUCUCUCAGGCGGUGGAGGGAUUCGUCAGGGACACGGAGGAGCUGUGUGGCAGACGCAGCGUCUCCCUGAGGGGGGCGCUGCAGAGCCAGGCAAACCGCUUCGUCCACCGCUUCCACGAGGAACGGAAGACCAAGCUCAGCCUCCUCUUGGAUAACGAGCGAUGGAAACAGGCCGAGGUUCCUGCUGAGUUUCAGGAUCUGGUGAACUCCAUCGCCGACGGCAAAAUAACACUACCAGAGCGCAAAAUCCCAGGUCCAGAUGACAGAAAGCCCACCGAGUUUCUGCUGGUCAACGGGCAGAAAUACGCCGUUGUUGGGACCGUUCUGCUGCUGAUCCGGAUCUUUCUGGAAUACUGUCAGUGUGUCAAUGACAUCCCAUCCAUCGCCACUGACAUGCUGACCCGUCUGUCAGACCUCCUCAAGCACUUCAACUCCCGGAGCUGUCAGCUGGUUCUGGGAGCCGGAGCUCUGCAGGUCGUCGGCCUCAAAACCAUCACCACUAAAAACCUCGCAUUAGCGUCCCGCUGCCUCCAGCUGGUGGUUCACUACAUUCCUGUCAUCAGAGCUCAUUUUGAGACCAAACUACAGCCCAAACAGUUCAGCGUCCUCCGACACUUCGACCACAUCACCAAGGACUACAACGACCACAUAGCAGAGAUCUCAGCCAAGCUGGUGGCCAUCAUGGACAGCCUGUUUGAGAAGGUUUUAUCAAAGUAUGAAGUGAAAGCUCCGAUGCCCUCGGCCUGCUUCAGAAACGUCUGUAAGCAGAUGGCGAAGAUGCACGAAGCGAUUUAUGAGCUUCUACCUGAAGAGCAGACACAGAUGUUGUUUCUGAGGAUUAACGCCAGUUUUAAGAUGCACCUGAAGAGGCAGCUGGCUCGGCUCGGGGUGGUUAAUGACGGAGGACCACAGCACGGCCUGGUCGUGGUCGACGUCGCCUUCUACACGGAGAACGUCCAGGCGCUGAAGAGCCUGGAGCGCCUCGACCUCAACAUGGCCGAGAUCUGGGAGCAGAAGAGGUGAUGGAGGACGGAGGCGGGACGUCCAAAACCGACCCAUCGACCUACCCGGUGACAGGGGGCCGACUUCAGGGGCCGACCAGGGCCCUCUGAAGGGGGAGGAGGCCCCACAGGGACCAAAAACACAAUAACUGUGAGGAGGAGAAGAAGAGUGGCGAGUCGAUGGAGCUUCAUGUGCAGCUCCACCUUAAAAGACUUUGAAGUGAAGCGGUCAGAGCCUCCUUAAAACCUGCUGCCACCUUGUCUCACUGUGUGCGACUCCACAUGAAAACAGUAACUUAUUAGAGACGUUUAGAGGGACAGAAGCCUGUAGAUAAUCUCUAAGAACUGGAGGGGUAAUUUAUUUUUCUGUCGUCUUAGAAAAUUCAACACUGUGGCCCAUUUUUCUCCUGCAGGGCCGAGCUGAAGGGAUUUUUUUUUUUUAUCUUCGAUGCACACUGAAAACUAACUAAUGCACACGUGAGGGCGUGGGAAAGAGCGUUUGUCUCCUUCAGGGUUCCUUCACGGUGUUUCUAAGCUUACACACAGCUGGUUUUGGUUUCAUUCUCUGGGGUGACGGCUGGAAACAGACGAACUUCUGAACCUUUUUUACUCAAACAAGAAUAUUUUCCAGAAUUCUUUUGUUUAAGGCCUGGAAAUUUUGACAAUUUAAGGACCUUUAAUGAAGAAAGAGCUGGUUAAAAAGUGCAAUUUAAGAGUUUAUUUCCUGAAAAGUCAACAUAAAACAUCUCAACUGUGAAUACUACCAAAGUAAAACAGGAAAUAAAGUCUUCACAGCUGGAUCAGACUACAGGAAUUUCUUGUAGAUAAUGUCAUGUGACAGGGAAGAACUCCAGAUGGGGGGCAGGAAGUGAUUUCUGCAUAGAGAAUCAUGACCAGAAAAGUUUUGUUCGGGUCACGGCUGUGCCGAAUGGUCAAACUGCAGUCUUGACCUACUUCAAGCUCCAGAAGUAACACAUUUAGGCAAAAUAAAAAAGUUUAAAACCUGUUGAAGAAACAGCAGCAGACAUGGCUUUAAAGGUCACAUAUUCAAAAUACACUUUUUCAGGCUUUUCUAAAAAAAUAUGUGCACCUGGCCUGUCCACAA